AUGGCUGCCAACAAUGGAUGGUCUUCAAGAAGACCUAUGAAAGGUGGCAAUUUUACUGAAGCGGAUAGGAUGCUAGAAGAAGAAAAUGAUAGACAAAUUGCUGGAUUAGCUGGCAAAGUAUCUCAACUAAAAUCACUAACUGUUGAUAUAGAAGGUGAAGCAAGAAAUCAUAACCACUAUUUAGAUGACAUGCAAGGAGAUUUUGAAGGUACUACUACAUUACUGGGUGGUAGUAACAAGAGAUUAAAAUCAAUGGUGUCAUCUGCAAGCCAGAAUCCAAGAUUCAUGUGUUACUUAAUACUCUUUAUCGUCGUCAUUUUCUUCAUUGCCUAUUACAUGGUGGGACGGGCUAUUGCUACCUAA